AUGUUCAAGCUCCCCAAAACCACCAAAUGGAUUACUUUCACUUUAUUCUUCAUCAUGACCUUUGCCACGGAAAUCACUGCUAAGCCCACCUAUGAUAUUUACAAUGAUGACUAUUCGGAUUAUGCACCCAGACGUUCCACUGAACAAUCAUCUCAUAUUCUUUCAAGUUUAAAACGCGGCUACUACUACAUUGAUAAUGGUUCGAUUGUACCCGUUAGACGUUCUGAUGAUCCGGAUACCGGUUACAGUCAUUAUAGCUACUAUACACCCAUUGUGCAUUAUCGCAAACAGCAUACGGAACAUAAGAAGCUUUUUGUACCCAACUUCUUUGGCUAA